AUGAUGUACGAAGAAUAUGAUGAUUCUCCUCUCUAAUUUAUAAAGUCUAUUCGUAUCUACUUGAAUGGGGACUCUUCGAAGUACUUGGAUUUGAAGAUAGCUCAAAAUUCUAGUUGGAGUGACAUUUAAACUCAAUUGGAUCAGAAAUUCCCCAAGUUUAAAGAAAUGAGACUCUUCACCCAACAAGGAGUAGAAAUCUUUAAAGAUGAUGUUAAAUUUUUCAAGGAUGGCUAAUCAUUCUAUGCGUCUCGAGGAGAUGAGUUCGAUCCUCAUUCCCCAUUUUCCCAAUAUGAAACAAUAAAGAAAUUAGGAGAAGGAGGGUUUGGGUGUGUAACACUGGCCAGACAUCGCAUAACUGGAGAGCAGGUUGCAAUUAAGGUAAUAAAAAUGAUGGGGAAUGCCUAAGACAUAGAACUCAAUUUCAGAGAGGCAGAAGUAUUGCGAUCUUUGACUCACAAGAAUAUUGUGAAGGUUUUCAAUUCAUAUGCUUUACAAAAUACAUAGAUGGCUGUGAUAAUGGAAUAUUUGGAAGGUGGAGAGUUGGCAGAGAGAUUACGAUAGAAGGGUAGAUUUUAAGAAGAAGAAGCAUGCAAAUAUUUUAGAUAAGUAGUUAGUGCAAUAGCUUAUUGUCAUCAGAAGAAUAUAGUUCAUAGAGAUUUAAAAAUGGAAAAUUUAUUAUUUUGUUCUCCAGACUCUGAUGAUUUAAAAGCAAUCGACUUCGGAAUUGCAGGCAUCUAGUGUCCAACCAACAAUGAUCAUGUCAACAUCGGCAGUCUUCAUUAUAUGGCACCUGAAAUUCUGGGUGGCAAAGUCACUAGAGUGAGCACUUCUGUAGACAUCUGGGCCAUGGGUAUCAUUCUUUACAAAAUGCUUUUCGGCAAAGUGCCUUUCAAUGGGAAAUCAUAAUAAGACAUCAUUUUCAACGUUGUCAAUAAGGAUCUCCUAUUACCACCCAACAAUUUUAGUGAAGAAGUCAUCAACUUGAUUACUUAGAUGUUGGAAAAGAAUCACGAAUAACGUCCUCGAAUAACUGAUGUGGAAUAUCACCCUUGGGUUAACACUGAAAUCAGAACACCACAAUAAAAACAAUCGCUUCUCCAAAUACCCUCUGAAGGUAAUAUUCGUAAGUCAAGACCCUCUUUAAGUCCAAGACCAAGAAGUAAAUCACCUAAUCCUUCUGGCAUUGUCAAACAUCCUAAUAUAUUCAAAUUAUGA